AUGAUAUCGCCGUCUGCGUUUUUGGGAGCCACAUCUGCUAGCAACAAAUCCGCAUCGAAUAACGACGAAACGAUGGAAGUGGACAUUCAAAUUUCGUCCGAUUUCGUGGGCGCUGUUGUGGCAAGCGGUAGUGGUGGACCUCGAGUGGAUGAAGCCAACAACGCCUGGUUAAACAAGCCGCCGAUGGAAAGGUUCAUCGACAUUCUUGAUCAACUCGACACCAAGGUUGAAUCAUUGCGCAAGGAAGCGAUGGUGCUUCGGGACAAGCGAGAUUUUCUCGCAAUGUCGGUGGAUCUCCUUAAGAACAACGAAUACCUCACUGGGUUGAACGAGAAUGAACGUGAUGAAAUAAACUGCUAUGUCCAGCGAAUAAGCAGCCGCCUUGGAACAGUCGAGUUGAAUGUUUGCACGGUACGUGAUCAAAGCCAGGAGGAUUCAUUGCACCACGUCAACAGCCUGAUCGACAUGAUAAUCUCAAGUGCGGAUCCGGUAACGUCGCGCCAAAAGUGCCAACAGUUUUUGAACGCUUGCAGCACCACCGAUACGAGCGUCUACACGGAUGUCGAUCCCAGCACGAUCUGCACUGACAAGAAGUUUGAGAGUGUCCUGCUGGGGUGCACGCUCGAUGAUCAGAAGACGAUCAAGAAGCGGCUGCAAGCCCUGCUGGUUUACCUUACGCAACAAACGAUUGUUCAUUGAAAGAUGAGUGACGUAUGUAGACGAUAAUAUGGAUAGAUAACAGCCAUACGGCAAGCUUAGAUCGUGGGAUUCUCUGGGAAUCAUCGGAAGAACAUAAAAGAUGCGUAGAGAACACCACGGGGACAUGUAAGCACUAUUUUGCUGCAAGUGUGUUAGAAUAUUAUUGUAGAAUUCUUUGCAUACUUGCAUACGGAUUCUGGUACACUGUUGUGGUGUGAAAAACGAGCAUAUGACAAAAAAUAGCAUGAAUAUCGUGUAAAUUGUCCCUGGAUCCACCGCAAGCAUGCUUCCGAUUCUAUUGAAUUACACAGUGGGUUACCAGUGUCUCAAGCUUCCGUGUCGUUGCUUUUCAGUGGCGCACAAUGCACAUGAAACAGCCUUUCAAGCCAAGUUCAAGUUUUUCGUAAGUGUUUGUGGGUAAUAUCUCUCGAAUUGUGUUAAAUACUUCCGCUUUUAGGAUUUAAUUUGUUUACCUUUGAAUGCUACAUACCACUAUUUAAAAAAUAUGUUUUUUUAAACUAAUCGAAAACUUUUUUCUCCUUAUUUUUUUUUAAUAUACUCACAUUAUUCUUACAAUUGCUUGCUGUAUGGUAGGGCAUUUCCUUCGCUUAGUGGAGUAUGAGUGUAUCAAUCUGUGCCACAUGCUUGGUGUGAUCUGAUCGCUUAUAAUAGCUUCCGCAGCACAUAUGUAUUUCGGAGGAAUUUGCCGUAGAUUUUCUGUGUUCUUAAUUUUGUAAUGAACCCGGAUAUAGACUGAGAUGGUUUUUCCGUGAUGAAUUGGCUGUGCUUUAGCACGGACGGAGCUCCCCUCUGAACCGUGGGCAUUAUUUCAGCACUUAAAAUUGCACUGGUAACCCCGACUACGCCAUGUGUCAUAAGUACAGCUCGAUCUGGAUAGAAAGAAAGCUCUACAAGCUGGUUUUGGUAGAAAUAAGCAUACAUUUCCACAUAUAUCCUAAGCCAUGGAAAGCAAUAGAACGUUAUGGUUUUGUUUGAUGGUUAUUUGUAGCCUAUCAUCACUGCCAAAUGGAGAUUUGUAGUAAUCAAUACAAUACGCAUGGUUCCAUAUAUACCACUUUCGGUCAUUGAAAGAACAUACUUUGUGCAGUAUAACAUUUAAAACAAAAAAACAUAAUUUGUAGUUUGUCAUUUACUUCGUGUGUUUUGUUCUCCGUAAAAUCCAGCUUUUGUAGAUGCGGCAAACCGUUUCGUGAGAGUGUGCUGCCGCAAGUAACGAAUGACGACGAUGGUGAUAAAAAUGUACUACACGA